AUGGCAUUCUCUGAGCUUCGCGAAUAUCCUGCUCCGAUGGCAUUUCGUUGCCUUGAUUCCGUCCCCAUAGGACAGGAACGUAAACGGACCAUAUACGAGGCUAAGAACGAAACGAACAAAGUUAAAUUUGUUUUGUUCAAUAGUUAUCCCGAGUCAUACAACGAUUAUAAGAAGGGUCUACACGGCUGGGUCUGCUACCCAUGCGACGGUGAAUGGGCAACACUUAAACACACAAACUUCAAGUGUAGUGAGAAAGAUGGUGCCUUGGUGGCACAUCUUACUCAAGCAUUCAGCUACGCAUUGCGCGACACCCAAAUGGAGACUUCAGAACGAUGGAAAUGUAGGCAAUGGAACACACUCAUCAAGGAAUGGAUGGCAGAUUGGUCAACGAACGUGGAUGCUUGGUAUCCUGGCGAAAAAAAGCUUUCGCAUUUGGCAAAAUCCUGGCAACCGACCGCGGACGAAGAUUGGGAUGUGGUUAAGGGUUACAAAUGGUAG